GUCAAAAUGCGGUCAAAAGUGGGUCCCAGCUUGCUGACCCAUGGAGUGUUGAAAACACAAGACCAAGCUGACACCUAUCCGGUCAGCUGUUUGAGAGUCAAACUCAGAAUAAUUUAAAGGAUCACAAGGAAUUCAUCAACAGUACGAUUCAACGCACGUUACACAAUUGCUAGCUUGCUACCUUCAUGUACCCAGCUUUUCGCUAGCUAACUAGCACGAAUCAGCAGGCUAAUCGAAACAACUUGUUAGCGUAGGCAUUUAGCUUUUGUAGGAUUUUACAAUGGGAUCCAGAGCGUCGACAUUACUGAGAGAGGAGGAGAUUGAAGAAAUCAAAAAGGAGACCGGCUUUUCCCACAGCCAGAUCACACGGCUCUACAGUCGCUUUACCAGCUUGGACAAAGGAGAGAACGGCACGCUCAGUCGUGAAGAUUUCCAGCGGAUCCCAGAGUUGGCCAUCAAUCCUCUGGGAGACAGAAUCAUCAAUGCCUUCUUUCCUGAGGGGGAGGACCAGGUUAACUUCCGGGGCUUCAUGAGGACGCUGGCUCACUUCCGUCCCAUAGAGGACAAUGAGAAGAACAAGGAUCCCACCGCCUCUGAACCUCUCAACAGCAGGACCAACAAGCUGCUCUUUGCUUUCCAGCUAUAUGACCUGGACAGAGAUGACAAGAUCUCCCGGGACGAACUGCUACAGGUUCUAAGAAUGAUGGUUGGCGUGAACAUCUCUGACGAGCAGCUGGGCAGCAUCGCUGAUAGGACCAUCCAGGAGGCUGACCAGAACGGAGACAACUCCAUUUCCUUUAAUGAGUUCAUCAAGGUGCUGGAGAAAGUGGACGUGGAACAGAAGAUGAGCAUCCGCUUCCUACACUGAGACACUGAUUGGAUCCCAUCCUGACAGGACUGUCUCUGAUUGGACCCCAUCCUGACAGGACUGUCUGAUUGGAUCCCAUCCUGACAGGACUGUCUCUGAUUGGACCCCAUCCUGACAGGACUGUCUCUGAUUGACUGGACCCUCCACCUUCACCAUGUCCGUUGGAACAAGACCCAAGCUGAGUCCCAACUGGCACCCUAUUCCCUAUGUAGUACACUACUUUUGCCCAGGGCCCAUAGGUCCCAAGUCAAAAGUAGUGCACUACAUAGGAAAUAGGGUGCUCUUUCGGACGCAGACUCACUCCCAUCUCAAUACACUAUGGGCAGCAGCUGUGGCCCUCUACCACCAUACAGUACUAUGCUCUCUCUCUCUCUGACCCCUCCACUACCGUACAGUACUAUGCUCUCUCUCUCUCUGACCCCUCCUCCACC